AUGUCUCGCUUCUUAGACAGUAUUUCCACCAUCAUCAGCGUCUUUCACAAACAUGCAAAGGAAGAUGGAGGCAGCUUCAACAUCAGCCGAAGGAAGAUGCAAGAAUUCAUACAGACGGAGUUUGCAGAUGUCAUAGCUAAGCCACGUGACCCUCAGACAGUUGACAAGAUUCUGCAGUUUCUGGAGUGGGAUGGUGAUGGGCAAAUUGAUUUUAAUGAAUUCCUGCUUUUGGUGUUCAGAGUGGCUAAAGCCUGCUACUGGUACCAGUCGAAGGGACCAUACCUUCUACAAAGAACAAAGCUGACAUCCAGUGGCAAGUUGCACCGAGAGCCUGAAAUUAAGAACAGAGGGAGCAGUCGACAACUCCAGGAGGAAGAAGAACAAACCUGUGAGAGUGAUCACCAUCCCCCCUGUGAACCUGAGCUGCAACGAGACACCAGGGUCGAGCUGGAAACACUAGAGGAAACAGGGAGUUACCAGCAAUGUAACACACAAAGCAGAAAGGAUGCAAAACGAAGCAGUGAGCAAAGGGAGCCAACCCCUCAGGUAUAUGAAGAACGAAGCCAAGAGCCAUGUGACCAAUGGAACAGCCUGAGAAGACGUCAACCACCAGAGCUGAACAGACAAGGAGAUGCGCAAGUCCGCAAGCACAGAAGAUUGGAAGCACAUGAGCCCAGGCUGUGGAGAGAUGAGAGGCAAGAUAAAGAGAGGCCACAGCAAGACCAACUGGCAGACAUGAGGAGUUGCAGCAAGACCUGUGAAACAAGACCACUACAAAACCGGUGGGAUAGCCGUCAGCCACAUGAGCCAGUAGGACCAGCAAACAAUAACAGAAACCAGCGCCCACAAGAAGCAGAUAGAGGCAGUCACAAUCAGCCACGUACAUUUGAAUUACUCACAGAAGAGAGAAGCCGCCAACACCGCAAUGAGCUGGAACAAAGAGCAUCUGAAGAGAGCAGCCACGAUCAGAGUGAGCCUGAACGCCUGGAUUCGAGAGGCCCAUAUCAGUCAUACAUAAAGGAACCACUAGAAAUUGACCUCACGUACAAUAAGACAUGUGAGAUAGAAAGAGAUAUCAAUGAAAAAGAUAACAAUAGGGAACAUAAGCUUGAGUAUGUGGAAAAUGAGAGUAAAAUACGUAAGACUCAGGAGUGGGAAAAAACAGAUAAUAGAAGGAGAAAAGAUAUAGUGCAGGAGAGGAGGACUGAACACCAACAGGAGCUGGACCUGGAGGUGUAUGAGAGUAGAAGCCACCAGACACGUGAAAGGGAAGAGCGAGGUGCCAUGGCUAACCAGAGAGAGAGACGCGAGAGACGUUACUUUGAAGCACGUGAGGCCGAAAUCGAUGGAAGGAGGCAACGUGAGCUGGUGAGCAUCGAGAGGGCCCGAGAGACCGAUGUAGCGGCAGCAGAAGCCGCGGUGAAGGUCCAUCGCGUGUCCCGGGAACUGGAGCCCCUUGAGGAG